AUGCCGUGCCUAAAUCUGUCAACCAACGUCAACUUGGACGCCAUUGACACGUCCUCCAUCCUCUCCGAAGCAACCUCCGCCGUCGCCAAGCUCAUCGGAAAACCAGAAGCUUAUGUGAUGAUUGUGUUGAAGGGUUCUAUACCCAUAGCUUUUGGAGUUGCAGAAAUUCUUGAGUCAAAAUUGUCUAUUCCCAAGUCAAGAUUCUUCCUCAAAUUCUACGAUUCAAAGGGUUCUUUCUUUGGAUGGAACGGGUCUACCUUCUAA